UACGUCUUGAUGCAGGGAUCCAGUCUGCAGCGGUCAGCCCUGCGUUCUCUGAACUCUGCACAUCUCCAGGAAAAGAACCCAGAAAACCAAUCAGUCCUGAUAGUUCUAGAAAACAUGCCCCAUUGGUUGGUGACUUUCAGGGAUGUGGCCAUCAACUUCUCUCAGGAGGAAUGGGAAUGCCUUAACUCCACUCAGAGGGAUUUGUACAGGGAUGUGAUGUUGGAGAAUUACAGCAACCUGAUCUCACUAGCUGGAUGUGCGAUCCCUAAACCAGAUGUGUUUUCUUUAUUGGAGCAAGGGAAGGACCCCUGGAUGGUGACAAGAGCCAUGACAAGAAGAUGGAGCUCAGACUUGGAAUCCAGUUGUGAGACCAAAAAGUCAUCUCCAGAAAAGGGAGCUUAUGAAAUGGAAUCACUGCAAUGGGAAAAUAGGAGGAAACCUAUCAGCCAUAAUUUUGAUUACAAUGGUAUUAGAGAUAAUAUGGAGGGCAAAGGCAAAUUUGAGGAUCAACAGGGAAGUCAGGAAGGACUUUACAUGCACAUGAAAAUUACCUAUGGAGAAAAGGCCACCCAAAGCCAUUCUGUGUCACCUACUCUUCAUCCGCUAAAUCCUACCAGGGAAAAAUUGUACAAAUGUAAGGAAUAUGAACAAGCUUUCAGCUACCUGUCAUGCCUUACUCAACAUGAGAAAAGCCAUAAUAAAGAAAAACACUCUGAAGUUAAGAAACGUAGGAAGACCUUCAGCAAAAAGCCAACAUAUAUUCAACAUCAGAGGAUUCAGAAUGGUGAAAAGCCUUAUGAGUGUAUGGAAUGUGGGAAGGCCUUUGGUCGUAGUUCUGAUCUGAUUCAACAUCAGAAAAUUCAUACUAAUGAAAAACCUUAUCAGUGUAAGGCAUGUGGGAAAGCUUUUAUUCGUGGUUCACAGCUCACUGAACAUCAGAGAGUUCAUACAGGAGAGAAACCAUAUGAAUGUAAGAAAUGUGGAAAAGCCUUUAGUUAUUGUUCACAAUAUACUCUCCAUCAGAGAAUUCACAGUGGUGAAAAACCCUAUGAAUGCAAGGAAUGUGGGAAGUCCUUUAUUCUUGGCUCUCAACUUACUUACCAUCAGAGAAUUCAUAGUGGUGAGAAACCCUAUGAGUGUAAGGAAUGUGGAAAGGCCUUUAUUCUUGGUUCACACCUUACUUAUCAUCAAAGAGUUCAUACUGGUGAAAAGCCUUACAGAUGUAAAGAAUGUGGGAAGGCCUUUUUAUGUGCCUCCCAACUUAAUGAACAUCAGCGAAUCCAUACAGGUGAGAAACCCUAUGAAUGUAAAGAAUGUGGGAAGGCCUUUUUUCGUGGCUCACAACUUACUUACCAUUUGAGAGUUCAUACAGGUGAGAGACCCUAUAAAUGUAAAGAAUGUGGAAAAGCCUUUAUUUCUAAUUCUAAUCUUACUCAACAUCAGAGAAUUCAUACAGGUGAAAAACCCUACAAAUGUAAAGAAUGUGAGAAGGCCUUCAUUUGUGGCAAACAGCUUAGUGAACAUCAGAGAAUUCAUACAGGUGAGAAACCCUUUGAAUGUAAGGAGUGUGGAAAGGAUUUUAGUUUUGUAUCAGUCCUUAUUCGACAUCAGCGAAUUCAUACUGGUGAGAAACCUUAUGAAUGUAAAGAAUGUGGCAAGGCCUUUGGUAGUGGUGCAAACCUUGCUUACCAUCAAAGAAUUCAUACUGGUGAGAAACCUUAUGAAUGUAGUGAAUGUGGAAAGGCCUUUGGUAGUGGCUCAAACCUUACCCAUCAUCAGAGAAUUCAUACUGGUGAGAAACCAUAUGAAUGUAAAGAAUGCGGGAAAGCCUUUAGUUUUGGAUCAGGCCUAAUUCGACAUCAGAUAAUUCACAGUGGUGAAAAGCCCUAUGAGUGUAAGGAAUGUGGGAAGUCCUUUAGUUUUGAAUCAGCCCUUACUCGGCAUCACAGAAUUCACACAGGUGAGAAACCUUAUGAAUGUAAGGAUUGUGGAAAGGCCUUUGGCAGUGGUUCAAACCUUACUCAACAUCGAAGGAUUCAUACUGGUGAGAAACCUUAUGAAUGUAAAGCAUGUGGAAUGGCCUUUAGUAGUGGUUCAGCCCUUACUCGGCAUCAGAGAAUUCAUACUGGCGAAAAACCGUAUAUAUGUAAUGAAUGUGGGAAGGCUUUUAGUUUUGGAUCAGCCCUUACUCGACAUCAAAGAAUUCACACUGGUGAGAAGCCUUAUGUAUGUAAGGAAUGUGGGAAGGCUUUUAAUAGUGGCUCAGAUCUCACUCAACAUCAAAGAAUUCACACUGGUGAGAAACCCUAUGAGUGUAAGGAAUGUGAGAAGGCCUUUAGAAGUGGUUCAAAACUUAUUCAGCAUCAAAGAAUGCACACUGGUGAGAAGCCCUAUGAGUGUAAGGAAUGUGGGAAAGCCUUUAGUAGUGGUUCAGACCUUACUCAACAUCAGAGAAUUCAUACUGGUGAGAAACCUUAUGAAUGUAAAGAAUGUGGCAAGGCCUUUGGUAGUGGCUCAAAACUUAUCCAACACCAGCUAAUUCACACUGGUGAAAAACCCUAUGAAUGUAAAGAAUGUGGAAAGUCCUUCAGUAGUGGUUCAGCUCUUAAUCGGCACCAGAGAAUACACACUGGUGAAAAACCUUAUGAAUGUAAGAAAUGUGGGAAGAAUUUUGGUACUGGCUCAAGCCUUACUCAACAUCAGAAAAUUCAUACUGGUGAGAAACUUUAUGAAUGUAAGGAAUGUGGAAAGGCUUUUGGGAGAGGUUCAGAGAUUCAGCAACAUAAAAAAUGUCAUACUGGUGAGUAGUAGAUCUGUGAAUUGGAAACUCUGUAAGUUAGAAUUAUGUGGUUAAGGAAGGACACAGGACAGAAAAGAAAAUUCAUACUGGUGAGAGUCACUACAAAUGUAAUUAAGGUACAAAUGCCUUACUUAUGCUUUACCACUUAGUCUGAAAGAAUUUAUACAGGAAAAGAAAAACCACUCUGAAGAUCUCUGUCUAUAUUCAUUCUUUCGUUACUUUUGGAAAAUUCAUACUUGUGAAUAUUAAAAAUUAAAAAACCA